GGCCACGGCCUGCUCACGAGGACCAAGAUUCAGCGGAAGUAAAGACUUGCUGCCCAGCUGCAUGAAGUGUCUUUCCUGCCACGGCGCUUUUCGGAUACACUGCCGGCAUGUCAAGUGUGGAAAUGAGUUUUCAUUGUUGGUUUUCCCUUCACUAGAUAAUGGCUUUCCUGUAGAGAUUUGACCAACUAAGGCAAUCAGCUUACUAACGCAAUAGGAACUCUGGACAAUGGCUAGCUAAUGGCAUGCAGUGCAUGUAGGUCAACUAGGUGUUCAAAUACUCCCUGCCCAGCGCGCCGAAUAAACCAUGGACCGGCUUCUCUAUCCGUUCCUGUGCUUAGUCUUUGUGACUGUUUGCGGAGCCCAAAACGCCCAGAUAGUUGCUUGCUACGAUGGACAUCGGUACACUAUGGAUGAAAGCAUUGGGGACUGGCCAUUUGCGAGCAGAAGCUGUGAAGAAUUGGGCACGGGGGAGCUUGUUACGAUCAAUGAUGCAGCUGAAAACCAGUUCAUCUUUGAGACGUUCGCUGCUCAGCAGAUUGAAAAUGGAGUUUGGAUUGGAUUACAUGAUAUGGGCGAAAACGAGGGAAGGCCAGUAUGGGUCAGCGGAAGCAACUCGACAUACCGGAAUUUCGGUGUGCAAAAUCCGUUCUCGUCAGUAUCUGAUUGCUAUGUGAUGAGCCGUUUGGACGGCAGAUGGUCAGAAUUUUGGUGCGAUGCUCAUCCUGUCCAUCAUACGCAGUUUGUCUGCGAAAAGGUGGGAGAUUGCAUGGACUGUGCAAGUGAGCCAUGUCAGAAUGGUGGAACAUGCGCCGACUUUCAGUGCUCCUGCCUGCCUGGCUUCACAGGAAACACAUGUUCCGAUGAUAUCAACGAGUGCUCAUCCAAUCCUUGUAACAAUGGAGGAAGUUGUCAUGAUCAAGUCAGUGGAUAUGUGUGUGACUGUCUUGCGGGAUAUACCGGUGAACACUGUGACACAGAAAUCAAUGAGUGUACCUCAUCUCCAUGCGAAGCUGGAACAUGUGUGGAUCUCGUCAAUGCAUUCCGGUGUGACUGUGCUGCGGGAUAUACGGGAACACGGUGUAAUGAAGACAUUGACGAAUGUUUAUCAGAUCCUUGUAUGCACGGUGGUGUAUGUCAAAACGAUAGUCCAGAUCACUACAACUGUGAUUGCCUCACGGGAUAUACUGGAGAACGGUGUGAAACAGACAUUGAUGAUUGCCAGGUGGCGCCUUGCCACACUGAUGCAACUUGUUUGGAUCGUGUCAACAAUUUCACCUGUGUUUGUCAGCCAGGUUUUACUGGACAAUUGUGUGACCAAGAUAUCAACGAGUGCUCGUCCAAUCCUUGUAACAAUGGAGGAAGUUGUCAUGAUCAAGUCAGUGGAUAUGUCUGUGAUUGUCUUGCGGGAUAUACCGACGAACACUGCGACACAGAAGUCAACGAAUGUGCCUCAUCUCCAUGUCAUGCUGGAACAUGUGUGGACCUCGUUGAUGCAUUCCGGUGUGAAUGUGCUGCGGGAUUUACGGGAACUCAGUGUGACGAAGAAAUUGAUGAAUGUUUGUCAGAUCCUUGUAUGCAUGGUGGUGUAUGUCAAAACGAUAGCCCAGAUCACUACAACUGUGAUUGCCUCACAGGAUAUACUGGAGUACGGUGUGAAACAGACAUUGAUGAUUGCCAAGGGUCACCUUGUCACACUGAUGCAACUUGCUUGGAUCGUGUCAACAAUUUCACCUGUGUUUGUCAGCCAGGGUUUACCGGACAAUUGUGUGACCAAGAUACCAAUGAAUGCUCAUCCAAUCCUUGUAACAAUGGAGGAAGUUGUCAUGAUCAAGUCAGUGGAUAUGUGUGUGAUUGUCUUGCGGGGUAUACUGGCGAACACUGCGACACAGAAAUCAAUGAGUGCGUCUCAUCACCAUGCCAUGCUGGAACAUGUGUGGAUCUCGUCAAUUCAUUCCAUUGUAACUGUGCUGCGGGAUAUACGGGAACUCUGUGUGAUGCAGACAUUGAUGAAUGUGUGUCAGAUCCUUGUAUGCAUGGUGGUGUAUGUCAAAAUGAUAUUCCAGAUCACUACAACUGUGAUUGCCUCACGGGAUAUACUGGAGUACGGUGUGAAACAGACAUUGAUGAUUGUCAGGGUUCACCUUGUCACACUGAUGCAACAUGUUUGGAUCGUGUUAACAAUUUCACCUGUGUUUGUCAGCCAGGGUUUACUGGACAAUUGUGUGACCAAGAUAUUGACGAGUGCUCGUCCAAUCCUUGUAACAAUGGAGGAAGUUGUCACGACCAACUCAGUGGAUAUGUGUGUGAUUGUCUUGCGGGGUAUACCGAUGACCACUGUGACACAGACAUCGAUGAAUGUACCUCAUCUCCAUGUAAUGCUGGAACAUGUGUGGAUCUCGUCAAUGCAUUCCGGUGUGACUGUACUGCGGGAUUCACCGGAACUCUGUGUGACGAAGACAUUGAUGAAUGUUUGUCAGAUCCUUGUAUGCAUGGUGGUGUAUGUCAAAACGAUAGUCCAGAUCACUACAACUGUCAUUGCCUCAUGGGAUAUACUGGAGAACGAUGUGAAACAGACAUUGAUGAUUGCCAGGUGGCACGUUGUCACAUUGAUGCAACAUGUUUUGAUCAUGUCAACAAUUUCACCUGUGUUUGUCAGCGAGGUUUUACUGGAAGAUUGUGUGACCAAGAUAUCAACGAAUGCUCAUCCAAUCCUUGUAACAAUGGAGGAAGUUGUCAUGAUCCAGUCAGUGGAUAUGUGUGUGAUUGUCUUGCUGGGUAUACCGGCGAACACUGUGACACAGAGAUCAAUGAGUGUACCUCAUCACCAUGUCAUGCUGGAACAUGUGUGGACCUCGUCGAUGCAUUCCGGUGUAACUGUGCUGCGGGAUUUACGGGAACUCUCUGUGAUGAAGACAUUGAUGAAUGUUUAUCAGAUCCUUGUAUGCAUGGUGGUGUAUGUCGAAAUGAUAGUCCAGAUCACUACAACUGUGAUUGCCUCACGGGAUAUACUGGAGAACGGUGUGAAACAGAUAUCGACGAGUGCUCAUCUAAUCCUUGUAACAAUGGAGGAAGUUGUCAUGAUGAAGUCAGUGGAUAUGUGUGUGAUUGUCUUGCGGGAUAUACCGGUGAACACUGCGACACAGAAAUCAACGAGUGUGCCUCAUUUCCAUGCCAUGCCGGAACAUGUGUGGACCUCAUGAAUUCAUUCCAAUGUGACUGUACUGCGGGAUUUACGGGAACUCUGUGUGAUGAAGACACUGACGAAUGUUUGUCAGAUCCUUGUAUGCAUGGUGGUGUAUGUCAAAAUGAUAGUCCAGAUCACUACAGCUGUGAUUGCCUCACGGGAUAUAGUGGAGAACGGUGUGAAACAGAUAUCGAUGAGUGCUCGUCCAAUCCUUGUAACAAUGGAGGAACUUGUCAUGAUCAACUCAGUGGAUAUGUGUGUGAUUGUCUUGCGGGAUAUACCAGUGAACACUGUGACACAGAUAUCAAUGAGUGCUCAUCCAAUCCUUGUAACAAUGGAGGAAGUUGUCAUGAUCAACUCAGUGGAUAUGUGUGUGAUUGUCUUGCGGGAUAUACCAGUGAACACUGUGACACAGAAAUCAAUGAGUGUACCUCAUCACCAUGUCAUGCUGGAACAUGCGUGGAUCUCGUCAGUGCAUUCCGGUGUGACUGUGCUGCGGGAUUUACGGGAACUCUGUGUAAUGAAGACAUUGACGAAUGUUUGUCGGAUCCUUGUAUGCACGGUGGUGUAUGUCAAAAUGAUAGUCCAGAUCACUACAAUUGUGAUUGCCUCACGGGAUAUACUGGAGAACGGUGUGAAACAGACAUUGAUGAUUGUCAGCUAUCACCUUGUCACACUGAUGCAACAUGUUUGGAUCGUGUCAACAAUUUCACCUGUGUUUGUCAGCCAGGUUUUACUGGACGGUUGUGUGACCAAGAUAUUAACGAAUGCUCAUCUAAUCCUUGUAACAAUGGAGGAAAUUGUCAUGAUCAAGUCAGUGGAUAUGUGUGUGAUUGUCUUGCGGGAUAUACCGGCGAACACUGCGACACAGAUAUCAACGAGUGCUCGUCCAAUCCUUGCAACAAUGGAGGAAGUUGUCAUGAUCAAGUCAGUGGAUAUGUGUGUGAUUGUCUUGCGGGAUAUACCGGUGAACACUGUGACACAGAUCUCGACGAAUGCUCGUCCAAUCCAUGCCAGAAUGGUGCCACUUGUCGGGACCUACUAAAUCAGCAUGUUUGUGUCUGCAGACCAGGGUUCACGGGGAAUUUUUGUCAGACAGAUAUCAAUGAAUGCAGUGCUGUGGUUUGUCAACAUGGUGGUACUUGCCUGGAUUUGGAGAAUCAGUUCUCUUGUCAGUGUGCUCUUGGAUACAGUGGACUGUACUGUGAACAAGAUAUCAAUGACUGUGCACCUUCACAAUGCCAGAAUGGAGGAGAGUGUGUGGAUCAUGUCAACGACUUCUCCUGUAUCUGUCGGCCAGGAUUCACAGGACCUCUCUGUGACCAAGAUGUGGAUGAGUGUUCAUCUAAUCCAUGUCAGAACAGUGCUACUUGUCAAAACCUACUCAACCAGUAUGUGUGUGUCUGCAGACCAGGUUUCACUGGUACACUAUGUCAGACAGAUAUCAAUGAAUGUAGUGGUGUGGUAUGUCAACAUGGUGGUACUUGCCUGGAUCUGGAGAAUCAGUUUUCAUGUCAUUGUGCUCUUGGAUACAGUGGACUGUACUGUCAACAAGAUAUUGACGACUGCGCACCUUCUCAAUGUCAGAAUGGAGCGGAAUGUGUGGAUCAUGUGAACAGCUUUUCCUGUAUGUGUCAGCCUGGAUUCACUGGGCCUCUCUGCGACCAAGACUUGGAUGAGUGUUCAUCUAAUCCAUGUCAGAACGGAGCUUCAUGUCAGAACCUACUUAACCAGUAUGUGUGUGUCUGCAGACCAGGUUUCACCGGUAUACUAUGUCAGACAGAUCUGGAUGAAUGCAUGUCCAAUCCAUGUCAUAACGGAGCUUCUUGUCGGAACCUGCUCAACCAUCAUGUAUGUGUCUGUAAGCCAGGCUUCACGGGAACCCUGUGCCAGACAGAUAUCGAUGAUUGUGCGUCUUCUCAAUGCCGAAAUGGUUCGGCGUGUGUGGAUCACGUGAACAACUUUUCUUGCAUCUGUCAGCCAGGAUUUACAGGGCCUAUCUGUGACCAAGAUGUGGAUGAAUGUUCAUCAAAUCCAUGUCAGAACAGUGCUACUUGUCAGAACCUACUCAACCAGUAUGUGUGUGUCUGCAGACCAGGGUUCACUGGUACACUAUGUCAGACAGAUCUGGAUGAGUGCAUAUCCAAUCCAUGCCAGAACGGAGCUUCUUGUCGGAACCUACUCAACCACCAUGUUUGCGUCUGCCGACCAGGUUACACAGGUGCCCUUUGCCAAACAGAUAUCAAUGAAUGCAGUGAUGUGCUAUGUCAACAUGGUGGUACUUGCCUGGAUCUGGAAAAUCAGUUCUCAUGUCAGUGUGCUCUUGGAUACAGCGGACUCUACUGUCAGCAAGAUAUCAACGACUGUGCGCAUUCUUUAUGCCAGAAUGGCGCACAAUGUGUGGAUCACUUAAACAACUUCUCUUGCAUUUGUCAACCGGGAUUCACCGGCCCUCUGUGCGACCAAGAUGUGAACGAAUGCUCAUCUAGCCCAUGCCAGAACGGUGCUACUUGUCAAGAUCUGCUCGACCAGUAUGUGUGUACCUGCAGACCAGGUUUCAGUGGCACACUGUGCCAAACAGAUAUCAACGAAUGUAGUGGUGUGGUAUGUCAACAUGGUGGUACUUGCCUGGAUCUGGACAAUCAAUUCUCCUGUGAAUGUGUUGUUGGAUACAAUGGAACCUACUGUGAACAAGAUAUCGAUGACUGUGCAUUAUCGCCAUGCAAGAAUGGAGGGGAGUGUGUGGACCACGUGAAUAACUUCUCUUGCAUAUGUCAUCCUGGAUUCACUGGACCUCUCUGUGACCAAGAUGUUGACGAGUGCUUGUCUAACCCCUGUGAGAACGGGUCAACUUGUGAGAACCUACUCAACGAGUUUGUGUGCAUCUGCAGACCAGGCUUCAUGGGAAUCCUAUGUCAUACAGAUGUCAAUGAAUGUAGCAUUGUGGUGUGUCAACAUGGAGGUACUUGCCUGGAUCUGGAGAAUCAAUUCUCCUGUCUGUGUGCUGUUGGAUACAAUGGAACCUACUGUGAACAAGAUAUCGAUGACUGUACGCCGUCUCAAUGUCAGAAUGGUGCGGAGUGUGUGGAUCGCGUAAACAACUUCUCUUGCAUCUGUCAGCCAGGAUUCACAGGACCUGUUUGUGAUCAAGAUGUGGAUGAAUGUUCAUCUAAUCCAUGUCAGAACAGUGCUACUUGUCAGAACCUACUCAACCAGUAUGUGUGUGUCUGCAGACCAGGUUUCACCGGUACACAAUGUCAAACAGAUAUCGAUGACUGCACACCUUCUCAAUGUCAGAAUGGAGCGGAGUGUGUGGAUCAUGUGAACAACUUUUCUUGCACCUGUCAGCCAGGAUUCACCGGGCCUCUCUGCGAUAAAGAUGUGGAUGAAUGUUCUUCUAAUCCAUGUCAGAACAGUGCUACUUGUCAAAACCUACUCAACCAGUAUGUGUGUGUCUGCAGACCAGGUUUCACCGGUGCAUUAUGUCAGACAGAUCUGGAUGAGUGCAUGUCCAAUCCAUGCCAGAAUGGAGCGUCAUGUCGGAAUCUACUCAACCAUCACGUGUGCGUCUGCCGACCAGGUUACACAGGUGCCCUUUGCCAAACAGAUAUCAAUGAAUGCAGUGAUGUGGUAUGUCAACAUGGUGGUACUUGCCUGGAUCUGGAGAAUCAGUUUUCAUGUCAGUGUGCUCUUGGAUACAGUGGACUUUACUGUCAACAAGAUAUCGAUGACUGUGAUUCUUCGCCGUGCGAGAACGGAUCCGAGUGUGUGGAUCAAGUGAAUGAUUUCGCCUGCAUCUGUAAGCCUGGCUUCACCGCACCUCUCUGUGGCCAAGUUGUGGAUGAGUGUUCAUCUAAUCCGUGUCAGAACAGUGCUACUUGUCAGAACCUACUUAACCAGUAUGUGUGUGUCUGCAGACCAGGUUUCAACGGUACACUAUGUCAGACAGAUAUCAAUGACUGCAGUGAUGUGGUAUGUCAACAUGGUGGUACUUGCCUGGAUCUGGAGAAUCAGUUCUCAUGUCUGUGUGCUCUUGGAUACACUGGUCUCUACUGUGAACAAGAUAUUGACGACUGUACACCUUCUCAAUGCCUGAAUGGUUCGGAAUGUGUGGAUCACGUGAACAACUUCUCUUGUAUCUGUCAGGCAGGAUUCAGCGGGCCACUCUGCAACCAAGAUGUGGAUGAGUGUUCAUCUAAUCCAUGUGAGAACAGUGCUACUUGUCAAAACCUACUUAACCAGUAUGUGUGUGUCUGUAGACCAGGUUUCACCGGUACACUAUGUCAAACAGAUAUCGACGAAUGCUUCUCAGCACCAUGUUCGAACAACAGCAGCUGUGUGGAUGGUGUGAAUAGCUUUAAGUGCAUGUGUUCACCGGGAUUCACAGGUACCCUCUGCGAGACAAAUAUCAAUGAAUGUGCUUCAAAUCCCUGCCACAACCAAGGCACUUGUUUGGACUUACUGGAUCAGUUCAGUUGCACGUGUACAACUGGAUACACGGGAGAUACUUGUGACAGAGAUAUCAACGAGUGUCUGUCUGAUCCAUGUAUGAACGGCGGUACAUGCAUUGAUCAGCUUGGUCAACAUUUCUGCAACUGCACACCAGGAUAUACUGGACGUCUGUGUGAUGAUGAAAUCAAUGAAUGCUUGUCCGACCCAUGCCAGAACUCUGCCACGUGUGUUGAUCAGAUCAAUAAAUAUGUCUGCCAGUGUACGCCGGGAUACACUGGAGAGUUCUGUGGACAAGAUGUUGAUGAUUGUCUGUGCGAGCCAUGCCAGAAUGGGGCAACUUGUGUUGAUAAAGUCAACGACUACACAUGUGCAUGUCGACCAGGAUACACAGGAAAGCAGUGUCAUAUCGAUGUGGAUGAAUGUCUCUCAUCACCCUGUCAGCAUAAUAGCAUGUGUGAGGAUCAGGAGAACUCAUUCUUGUGCCACUGUACCCAGGGAUACACUGGCAUCAUGUGUGAAAUAGAUAUGAAUGAAUGUCAUAGCAUGCCUUGUCAGAAUGGAGCUCAGUGUGUAGAUGAGCUGAACACAUUCAUCUGCACAUGUCGAGCUGGCUAUACUGGUCAGCUCUGCCAAACUGAUAUCGACGAGUGCUUCUCAGCACCAUGUUCAAACAAUGGCAGCUGUGUGGAUGGUGUGAAUAGCUUUGAGUGUACAUGUCCACCAGGAUUCACUGGUAACCUCUGUCAGACAAAUAUCAAUGAAUGUGCUUCAAGUCCUUGCCACAAUCAAGGCACAUGUGUGGAUUUGCUGGAUCGGUUCAGUUGCACGUGUACAACUGGAUACACGGGAGAUACGUGCGACAGAGAUAUCAACGAGUGUCUAUCAGAUCCAUGUAUGUACGGUGGUACAUGCAUUGAUCAGCUCGGUCAACAUUUCUGCAACUGCACACCUGGGUAUACUGGACAUCUGUGUGACUCAGAAAUCAAUGAAUGCGUAUCAAACCCAUGCAAGAAUUCUGCCACGUGUAUUGAUCAGAUCAAUCAAUAUGUCUGCCAGUGUAGGCCAGGCUACACCGGAGAGUUGUGUGAACAAGAUGUAGAUGAUUGUCUGUGUGAGCCAUGCCAGAACGGAGCAACAUGUGCUGAUGAGGUCAAUGAUUAUGCAUGUACAUGUCCACCAGGAUACUCAGGAAAGCAGUGUGAUAUCGAUGUGGACGAAUGUCUCUCGUCACCCUGUCAGCAUAAUAGCAUGUGUGAGGAUCACGAGAACUCAUUCUUGUGCCACUGUACCCUGGGAUACACUGGCGUCAAGUGUGAAACAGAUAUGAAUGAAUGUCAGAGCAUGCCUUGUCAGAAUGGAGCUGAGUGUAUAGAUCAGCUGAACACAUUCAUCUGCACAUGUCCAGCUGGCUAUACUGGUCAACUUUGCCAAACUGAUAUCGACGAAUGCUUCUCAGCACCAUGUUCAAACAAUGGAAGCUGUGUGGAUGGUGUGCAUAGCUUUGAGUGCACAUGUCCACCAGGAUUCACUGGUAACCUCUGUCAGACAAAUAUCAAUGAAUGUGCUUCAAGUCCUUGCCACAAUCAAGGAACAUGUGUGGAUUCGCUGGAUCGGUUUAGUUGCAUGUGUACAACUGGAUACACGGGAGAUACUUGCGACAGAGAGAUCAAUGAGUGUCUGUCAGAUCCAUGUAUGAACGGUGGUACAUGCAUUGAUCAGCUAGGUCAACAUUUCUGCAACUGCACACCUGGGUAUACUGGACAUCUGUGUGACUCAGAAAUCAAUGAAUGUUCCUCCAACCCAUGCAGAAAUUCCGCCACAUGUAUCGAUCACAUCAAUGAAUUCGUAUGCGAGUGUUCAGCUGGAUUUACCGGGGAGUCCUGCGAACAAGAUAUAGACGAUUGUCUGUGUGAGCCAUGCUUGAACGGAGCAACAUGCACUGACGAGGUCAACAAUUAUUCCUGUACCUGUCCACCGGGAUUCUCAGGAAAGCAGUGUCAUAUUGACAUUGAUGAAUGCCUCUCAUCACCCUGUCAGCAUAAUAGCAUGUGUGAGGAUCAAGAGAACUCAUUCUUGUGCCACUGUACCCUGGGAUACACUGGCGUCAUGUGUGAAACAGAUAUGAAUGAAUGUCAGAGCAUGCCUUGCCAGAAUGGAGCUGAGUGUAUAGAUCAGCUGAACACAUUCAUCUGCACAUGUCCUGCUGGCUAUACUGGUCAACUCUGCCAAACUGAUAUAGAUGAAUGCGAUGGUGUUGUGUGUUUCAAUGGUGGAUCGUGUAGUGACCAUGUCAACAGCUACCAAUGCUCCUGUUUAGAUGGUUAUACAGGUCAGCACUGUGAGACAGAUAUCAAUGAAUGUUCAAGUAACCCAUGUCGGCAUUCUGGAAUAUGUGUGGAUCACGUCGACAGUUUCUCAUGUACCUGCAUAGCUGGCUACACAGGAGACAUGUGUGAACAAGAUAUCGACAACUGCGCAUCUGCACCAUGUGGCAGCAAUGGCAUGUGCAUAGAUAGGGUGAAUAAUUUCACGUGCAUCUGUGAUGCGGGUGUGACUGGUCCACUCUGCUCACAAGACAUUAUUGACUGUGAAAGCGACUUGUGUCAGAAUGGCGGAACAUGUCAGGAUCUCACCAAUGACUUCAGCUGUGCCUGCCGUGCCGGCUUCACGGGGAAGGUGUGUCAAAGAGAUAUUGAUGACUGUGUGGGAGUGGUGUGUUAUAACAACGGCAGCUGUGUGGAUCAAGUCAAUAGUUACUCCUGUCAUUGCUCACCUGGCUACACAGGAGCACACUGCCAGCAAGAGAUAGACGAAUGCGCAAGUCAGCCAUGUCAGUACGCUGCUACAUGCACUGAUGGUCUCAAUAGCUAUAUGUGUAAUUGUGCAGCAGGCUAUACUGGGCAGGUUUGUCAAACAGAUAUCAAUGAAUGUGUAUCGAACCCGUGUGAGAAUGGUGGUGCAUGUAAUGAUGAGCUCAACGCUUACACGUGUACAUGCAUUGCGGGUUACACCGGUCCUGAAUGCCAGCAAGAUAUUGAUGAGUGUGAAAGUCAUCCCUGUCGAAAUGGAGGCACAUGUGAAGAUUUCAUCACCGGCUAUAUCUGCUCCUGUCGCCAAGGUUACACAGGAGAGCAGUGCCAUACAGAGAUUGAUGAAUGCAACAGUUCACCGUGUAGCAAUGACACUGUGUCUUGUGUGGAUCAACUUAACGGCUUCAUCUGUGUUUGUGGACCUGGAUACACUGGAAGACUUUGCGAUGAAGACAUUGAUGAGUGCACAAGCAACCCAUGUGAGAAUGACGGUACUUGCCAGGACAGCAUCAAUAGAUUUGUCUGCUCCUGUCGAUACGGCUUUCAUGGAGAGAUGUGUCAAGACGGUGCCGCUACAUUGCCCUUUCCAGAUGCCCCAGUCUACAACUCAAACUGUACCUAUAGAAUCAUUGUGCGGAGAUUUCAAGGCCUUGGCAUGCCCUGGCUGCCGGUCAAUGUCUACUCUGAUGUUCGACCAGACACACUGAUCGUCGAAAAAGAUCAAGGACACCCGCUAUCGUUUGUCACAGAGACCCAAUGCAAUGAAUCCGUGACAGGAAUCUUCCCCAAUCAGCACCUCAGCUUCAUCCAGUUCGAGACAAUCAUUGGAAACUGGACGCAAGCUGUCCUCAGAAGUCCUGCCCUGACAUUCUCCUACACCGGAAAUGGGCAGUUCUUGAUAUCUACAUCAACCCUCAGUGAUCUGUCACUAACCUUCCUUUCAACAAGAUCUGUCAUUCUCAGACAUCGCCACAGGAGAACAAACUGUCUUCUAAAUGGUGCAGAUUGUGCCGAGUGGACACCAGUCACGCUGAGUCUACAAUUCCCGAUAUCUGUGUCAAUCGCCUACAGUCCCAUUGAGGUGGAGUUUGUCGUGAGUUAUGAUGCAACCGUGCCGGCAAUGAACACAACAAUGGCCAGGGGAAAGCGUCAAGCAGCACCUGGUGUCAUUGUAGCAGAGUAUACGGUGCCAAUUACCCUGCUCAACCCAGACCCACCAGAAACUGCUUCUCCUCCGACUUCCGCACGGCCAGCCGUGCCAUCAGCUCAAGUACAAACACCACCUGCAGCAUUGCAGUCCACGCGCGCCAUCACAUCAUCUUCAUCAGUGGGCGGUGCAGCUGCUGCAGGUGUUGCCUUAGCGUUCCUUGCCCUGCUCGCCAUUAUCGUGGUUCUGUUUCUUUUGAUGAGGCGACGCAAGAAAAAGGCUUUCUUGGAGGAAAGAAUUCAUCAAAAUGCAUGCACAGUCAUGGAAAAUCCAGUCUUUGUUAACCAGACAGAUGAUGACAGCGAAGAGGUCAGCCAGCAGUAUUUCAACAAUAUGGCAUUGUCCGAUGAGGACUCGAUACCUGAAAGCUUGAGGUUUGACAAGGAGGAAUGGUUGCAGGCCAAGCAAGUUGAUUUGGACGAAGGUUUUGACAUCCGGGGAGUUCUCAACCCGCUGUACUCUGACGACACGGAGAGUAGAUGCUAUAAUCAAUCACGCACCAGUGUGGGCGGGUUGACAAACAUAACAUACUUGGAUUUGGAGGAUAACGAUACGGCGAAUGGCAACAUAUACUCGGAGGCGGAUGAAGAAGCAUUCUAUGCCUCGAUACUCCAUGACCAACAUUCCAGGGCAGUAGAUCUUUCCAGAGUAAGGCAGAAUGGCCAGGGAACCGGGCUACUCUCAAUUUCCAGAGCACAACCAGAUCUGGACGGCGACCUGAAGGCAUCAAGCAAAGAGCAGUCCAGUUAAUUUGAACCACAUUAAGGUCUUAAUAAUGUAGCUGUCAUUAGGUAUCUCUCUUAAUCACGUGGUCAUUCCCUAUCACACAAAAAAGUGCAUUCCCCACAGCAUAGAGGGCCUGUUGAUGCUUAGUACUAUGGCGUCAUUGCGAGGAAUUUCAUCAACUGAUUAUGCAAGUUAAUUUAAAAACUAUUUUGCUUUUGUAAGGAUCCAUAGGCUAUCCAGUAUAGAUUUCUUACCUUGAUCAUUUCGCAAUUCCCAGUUUCCCUUAAAACAGUCGGAGAGUUAAUAAUUAUUAGAAGUUGGUUCUCGCACGCAAUCUGCUCAAAGCGCACUCAUUCUUCAGCAGGAAGCAUGAAACCUGUACCUGUGCCUCAUACAGGGUUUCGGAACAGAAGUAAAAUUGAUGCACACACCGCACAUUCUCAUGUACAGGUACUAACGUCGCUCACCCAUUGUCUAAGUUAUUCUUUAAUUUAUAGCAGCACUUUAGAUGUUGCCUGAUGAUUGCGAGAGUAUGAAACUUGAAGUGGCAGCAAACAAGCCUUGAUUGUCCUUGUUUUUUUCUAGCAGCACUGAAUCAGUGAAUUCUGCUUCGCCAUUAUAUUUUCAUACAUUAUUAUUAAAAAUUUUAACUUCUGGGCUAUUGUGACUUCCGAACGUCGAGUCUGCUAGAUAUGUGGAGAUUGAGGGCAUGUAAUACUAGAAAUUCUAAUUCCUGAGACCUUGUUAUUCGAGAUACUAGUACUCUCUUCCACGAUUUUGCAAACACACUGUAUGAAUAAGGAGUGCCUCCAUACCAUGUGGCC